CUUUACAGUCGUGGUGAGCUGGGCAUUGGUCUGAUACCGAGAGUCACUGAGCUGACAUGGCUGGAGGCCCUGGAGGGAAUCCAUGUGACAAGGAUUGCGGCAGCUGGGUGGCACAGCGCUGCGUUGACAGGUGAUGGUGACGUUUAUGUGUGGGGCUGGAAUCACCGUGGACAGCUUGGCGAUGAGAAGUACUACGAUCAAGAGCCUGACAAGAAAACUGAAGAGAUAUUGGCUUCGGAUGCCCAAGUAGACAUGGUGUUUAUCAAUAGGAGGGAAGAAAGGGCUCUUCAAGAGGGGUAUGGAGAGUUUGAGUAUCCUGUCAGAGACAAGGAUUAG